CUUCAACUAUAAAUAUGGUUUGCAAUCUUGUGCAUUUUCCAUCCAACAACUCAACUGUUUCUUUUCAACUAUAGAAACAAAUUCAUAGACAUCUUAGAAGAUCAUCAAUGGCUGUCAAAGUUUAUAUUGUGUACUAUUCAAUGUAUGGACAUGUGGAGAGACUAGCAGAAGAAAUAAAGAAAGGGGCAGAUUCAGUUGAUGGUGUUGAGGCCAAACUGUGGCAGGUACCUGAAAUAUUGUCAGAAGAAGUGCUUGGCAAGAUGAGAGCACCAGCCAAGAGUGAUAUACCAAUCAUUACUCCCAAUGAGUUAACUGAGGGUGAUGGCUUUGUGUUUGGAUUCCCAACUAGAUUUGGAAUGAUGGCUGCUCAGUUUAAAGCCUUUCUAGAUGCAACUGGAGGCCUAUGGAAAACACAACAGCUUGCCGGUAAACCUGCUGGACUCUUCUACAGCACCGGUUCUCAAGGUGGUGGACAGGAGACUACAGCGUUGACGGCUAUAACUCAAUUGGUUCAUCAUGGAAUGUUAUUUGUUCCAACUGGGUAUACAUUUGGUGCUGGAAUGUUUGAGAUGGAAGAAGUGAAAGGUGGAAGUCCAUAUGGUUCAGGAACAUAUGCUGGGGGUGAUGGAUCAAGACAACCAACUAAGCUUGAGUUGGAGCAAGCAUUUCAUCAAGGGAUGUAUAUUGCAACCAUCACAAAGAAACUCAAGGAAGCUGCAUAAGUUCAGUCUACAUACAUAUACAAAUAAAUCAUGAUUGAAAGUCACUAGUAAUUUUUCAGUCCUAGUUUGUUGAGUUCUGCUUUUUUAUUUCAUAUGUUUUGCAAGU